GUGUGUUGGUCGGCGCAGUCAGUCGGAGGCAGAUAAUAGUGCGACUGUAAAGCUGUAAAUUAUGUCAAGGCGUGUGUUUGCAUUUUAUAGGGCUGCAGUUUAACGGGCCACUGCCUCGGCUUGUGUUUUCUGUCGGUAUGAAUCUCGGAGACGGUCUGCUGUUUGAACUGGAAAAUGGAAAACCCAGGUUGAUUUUACUCAGUCGUGGUGUUGAGAAAAAUGCUGCUAAGCCGUCCUUCAGGCCCAGAGCACCGAAUGUACUGAGCUCGAGGCAGCCGUCCUGCGUGGAGGAGGUGCAGGGAGAGGAGCGUCGGCCCCGGCAGCUGGCAGGGAGGCACCGAGAGGCCAGGAGUAAAGCCGGAGGAGCAGCUGCCUCUUUCAGCUCCAACACCACCGCCACUGAGGGGAGGAGCACCACUCUGACUUCAUGCAAGACACAUGAGCAUCACAAAGGGGGCGGCAGUAAAGUGGUGGCCAAGGUGAAGACAGACAGACACAAACACAGCAGUACAGUCGGACCCCUCAGAGUUAAUGGGAAAACAGGACCGGCUCAGAACACUGGGACUCGAGUUGGUGGGAAGGCUGGACUUAAGGAAGCGCUGACCAGUUUAGAAACAGGACUGAAGGAAAACAUGGUGUGUCUGACCAGUGAACAGCUGCAGCAGAUCCUCAACACCGUCCAGACCUCCAGCAAUGGUCAACACCUACCGGAUGACCAUCAGACACAAGGAAGAGGUGGAGAUCAUGGCCUGACUGGGACUGCACCACAAAGUGGUGAAGGAGGAGGAGAGAUGAAAAAGGAAGACAAAGGAGGAAGACAGGAAGCAGUACAGAAGGGAGGAGAAGAAGCAGAUACACCUGGAAGCUCACAAGAAAAAGACAGCAGGUUGUCUGGAUGUCUGUUCAGCUGGCUGGAGGAGCGACAGUCAGACAGCAGGGCAGCCAUCGACGCCAAGAAGGCUCAGUGGAAGAAAGAACUUGAUGAGCAGGUGGCACAGAAACAGCAGCAGCACUGUUCGGCCCCGGGCAGACUACAGGCUGAGGAGGAUGCAGACAGCGUGUUAUCAGUUCAGAGCUGUGUCAGCCACAGAGAGCAGCCUGCUGCCAUCAGAUCCAGCCUCAGACUCGGGGAGGUGACUCCAAUGGAGGAGGUGCUGAGUGUGGAGAGGAAAGAGGAGCAGAGGAGGCGCUGGUUGGAGGAGCUGGACCGGCAGCGAGAGGAGACGACUGAACGGAAGAAGCAAGAGAAGCUGCUGCAGAGCCAGACAGAGAACGUGGAACUCUGGGCCACACACUUUGACUCACUGCAGAGGAGGCCACCCCUCCAGCCUGCAGCUCCAUCAGCUCCACCUCCUGCUCAGUUCAGCGGCUCUGAGCGAGGGGAGUGGGAGCCGACGUCCAGCCUGUCCUUGGUGUGGGAGGCCAUGAGCAGCUGUGGAGCAGAGAGUGUCGGGGGAGUCAGUGUGGAUACAGUCAGUGGAUUCCCGACCAGAACCAGCUAUCUGAGGACCAUGACCUCCCUGCUGGACCCCGCCCAGAUCGAGGAGAGAGAAAGGAGGAGGCUCAAACAGCUUGAGCAGCAGCGAGCGAUCGAAGCCCAGAUGGAGGAGCGCCGGCAGCAGAGGGAACGAGAGCAGGCGAAGAGGAGGCAGGAGGAGGAGGCGGAGGAGAGGAGGGUGGCACUGGAGAGGGAGAUGCUGCAGAGACAGUACGAGAUGGACACACUGAGAGAAAAGCAGAAGGAGCAGCCAGUUCAUCAAGCAGAGCAGCCACAGAAAGGACACGAUGACAGUGGAUCGCAAGAGACGCUGGAGCCCAGUGCAGUUACCCAACAGGCCGAGGGUUUGGAGGAUGCCACCAAUUCAGCUGCCUCAUAUAAAGACUCUGCUGUACAAACAGAUGCAGCUCUGUCUCUCACUGCAGACAGAGUUCAGACUCCCGACAUCUCUGCACAGUACCAGCCGCCACCUCCUCCUCCUCGUCCUCCUCCUCCUCCUCCAGCCACCGCUCCUCCGAACAGCAGGAGCCGAGCAGCGAGAGCAGGGAAGGAGAACAUCUGUCUGCCAGCGGGAGGAGACCCGUACGAAGCGUUCGCCAGGAGAGACAAGAAGAGGCCAGAGUGGAACACACAGAGGCCCAACCGUCGCUUCGUCCCUGCCUCUGAGCGCUACCCGGUCGCUCUGCAGAGGAACCGACAGGAGAGUCGACUGAAGAGGCAGGCCGAGCUGCUCGCUCUGCAGGAGAGGACCUGUCUGUCCAGGACCGACCCGCCUAUUCAGAACCAGGAGCCUUGUCCCUGCCCCAACCCCACACAGAGCAGAACCAGUCCAACCAGGAAGGUGGAAAACGGUUCCAGAGGACAGAGCAGCUCUACGGCUAUGAACACUGAGAGGGGGCGCUCUCCUCCCGUCCCCACAGUCAGACACAGAGUGCCGAGUCGGCAGGCCUCCACUCCUCCUCCUGUCCUGGAGUUCGUUCCUUACGUCCGGACUGAUGAAGUCUUCAACAUGGACCCUCUGGAGCCUGCUGACACCCCCCCGCCUCCUGCACACACAGCUGCUCCUGCUCCUCCACAGCGAGACCUGCUGCUCCACCCACACACCCACCGGCAGCAGGAGAUCCUCAGAGGCCUGGCUCAGCUGCGACAGGGUUUGCUACAGAAGCAGAGGGAGUUGGAGACGGACCUGAAUCCUCUGCUGAGCGCCAUGACAACGGGCGCUGGUCGCCCUCGACGACACACCACAUGUGACCUGUGACGGCUCGCUGUGUGUGCUCAGGCUGAUCAGUGCGUGACUGAGGCUGUUUGACAGGAUGUGAGAUUUCAGUCGAGGGGAAUCUUCGCUUUGAGGAGUUCAGGCAGCCGUGUGAUGUUUCGGUCUUCUGAAAUGUCACACUAAUAAAUAAAAAAUACAUUUCUAAUAAAUUUAUUUUUGCAAGUGAAACAGACAUUUUGCUGACUCCAUCUGAGAUCUCCAAACGUGCCGUCUGGCCCAAUCAUCCUUCUAUAUUCAUCCUCCAGUUAAUUCAAUGUGUGACUGACUUAGAGCCACAACAGACACACUAACGGGAAACACAGCAGGCUGAAAUAAAGUCUGACUAUUUUCUUUAAAUCUGCUGUUGCUCCACAUCAGGUCCUCAGACACUAAAAUGACGCCUUUUUUUCCUAAUCUGAAUGUUUCUCCUGCUGCUCACUGAGCAACACUUGAUGUGAAGAUUGUAUUUUCAAGUUUGAUGCACUUUCUAUGCGAACGACACUGAGUUGAAACAUGUGUCCUACAGAGGAGCUCCAUCAGGUUGUUUCAACCAUAAAUGACUUGUGGUACUUUAUGCUGUUUGUGCUGUAAUUUGAAUGUGUUUUGUAAUUAUUCUG